AUGAAGGCCGUUCAAAAUCUGGACCGUCCUCUUCGAUCAGAAGGAAUUGUUGGCCCUGGGGGUUAUCAACCCAAUCGUGCUCUCAAGCUCUCAGUGUGCCGCGACUUUCUGAAGGUGGUAAAUCAUAUCCUACCGCCUGAGGCUUGUCUAACACCUGUUCUGUGGCACAAGGACCUACAUCUAGACAACAUCUUUGUGAAUCCUGAGAAACCUACAGAGAUUGUCGGGCUCAUUGACUGGCAGAAUGUCCACGUUUCACCUCUAUUCGACCAGGUCACGCACCCUGCAUUCUUGGACUACAAGGGGCCAAAACUCGAAGGCCUCAAGACACCAUGUCUGCCAGAGAACUUUGAAGAGCUCGACGAGAUUGCAAAAAAACAUGCAAAGGAAUUACUUGUUGCACAGACCCUGUACAAGUACUAUGAUCUUUACUCAGCUUCUAUGAACGUACCGGCUUACCACGCACUGAGAUAUCAGGAAACACUGCAGGGAGAGAUCAUUACUCUCAUUGGCAUGAUCUUAAAUGAUGGAGAACCAGCCCUGCAAGGGCUUCUAAUGAAACUCUCCAACAAAUGGGAUCAACUCAUCUGCAGCAAGGGAGGACCUCCAUGCCCUCUACAGUACUCGGCUGAAGAGAUCGAUCGCCAGCCGGAAUUGGAGGCGAAGUGGGCAGAAGGCAUAGCGCUGAUGGACGAUGUGCUAGAGUCACUGGGGGGAGCUAUUCGUGGAUGGGAUGGCUGGGUGAGCCAUGAGGAUUAUGAGGCACUCCAGCAAAAACUUGAACUUGUUCGAAAGCAGUUCAUUGAACACCUUGCUGGGGACGAUAAAGAAGCUGCUAAGGCUUGGGCACGGGCUUGGCCAUUCCAAUGA